AUGGGCCAAUUGAGCAUGUCAUUCGUCAACACUUACUACGACGCGAUGGCUCAGAUCCAAUCGACCCCGGCCUCCCAGCGUCCUCUGCAGCAGCAGACAAUCCAGGGUAUGAUCCCUCUUCCCGGUGCCAGCCAUAGACGUGGUCUUGGGGUCACGAAUGGCCAGUCAACUGCUAUGAGCGUUGAACAAGCUCAUCCACAGGCUGCCGAAAAUGAUCAUCGUCAACGAGCACCACAGCACCUGCCAGUUUCUGCGGCAAUGUCUGUCCCUGAAACUAGCUGGGCGCAAAUUGCUUCGGCAUCGUCCAGCUCUGACAAGCCUCUGCCACGUUCGAGCCCUGCGUUGACCAGAAUUCAACCCCCUGAACAACCUCUGCCCCAUCCGAGCCCUGCUUUGUCUAGGAUCCAACCCCCUGAACAACCUCUACCACGUUCGAGUCCUGCUUUGUCCAGGAUUCAACCCCCUGAACCACCCCUACCACGUUCGAGUCCUGCUUUGACCAAGACUCAACCCUCUGAACGAGCUGAAUCUCGCGCAAACCAAAGUGUCAAGCAACAUGCAGCUCCCUGUCACAAUGGUGGCCAGAUCACUAUGCAGACUGCAGAGAUGCUCCCCACUGGCGCCGCAAGCCAACAAAAUGACAGCGAGACUCAUGGUAUCCUGGAGGAUGGCAAGGCAGGUAUUGUUGUAAUCAAAGGACCGUUUCGCAGCAUUCAAAACGUCCUAAGUUUUAUUUCCACCAAAAUCCAUGAAGGGCCGAUCUACGAUAUGUCCAUGAACAAGGACCAGGAAGUGGUCGUUGUUUUUCAGUAUGCCUUGCACGCUCAGAUUUUUGUUGAUCGGAACACAGAGUGUCUUGCGACUCGUCAGGAAUCGGUAUUUGGACCAGGAAAUUGGACGGUCGCCCUUGGUAACCCAAUGGAAUGGACUGAGACGCUUAGGCGUAUGGCUCACCCCCAUCGGGAACGCCGGCGCUUGACGUUUGUCAAGUCGCGUUUGUUCGCCGAUCACACAAGCUUCCAAAAAUGGGUUCGUGAGGUGCAGGAUGUGGCUGGUCACGCCAAUGUCGACUUUGUAUGGGCGUUCAAUACUGGAAAUGCCACUGCUGUCUUUUUCAGUGUGGCAACUGCCCGUAAGGUAAUGCAGACUUUCUUGAAUUGGAAGUUGAAUCGUGGUUGCUACCACGAGUUAGCUGUGUCAUACUCGUCCGAUCCGUGUGAAAAAGACCUCUUAUUGACGACCCAGUUGCGCUACCACAUGAUACCACCACACCGUGCGUUCAACAGGGUUGGACCCAACGGUGCGGCGGGAGAUCGUCCCAGCAACGGCCGUCCGUACUAUCAGUCGAGGAAGUAG